UUGGUGGACCUUAUGGUAACGUGAAGUGUAUAAACGCUACUCAUCAUCGAACGCUAACAACAACCUCGGAUGCGAGGUGUCGACACUCUUCGAACACCCGGCGCGAAAAAUGUCGACAUCUUCGUUCUCCUCUUCUCCUACGUUUUUCCCCCCAAGUUUGUACUUUAUACUCCCCAUCGAUCUAUCCCCGAAGAAACGUAACCUACCUUAGCUGUGUCGUAGGAGAGAUAAAACUCACCCGCAUGGAGAUCGAGGGCGAGUGCCGCGGCGACGCGGCGACGCUGCCGCUGAAGCUCGCGGCGAUCGCGGCGGCGAUCGCCGCGGGCGCGGCCGGAGUGGCGAUCCCGCUCGCGCGGAGGCAGCGGCGGCUCGUGAAGUCCCGCGGCGGCAUCGGCGGCGGCGGGGGGCUCGCCGUGGGGAGGGCGAUCGCAGCGGGGGCGAUCCUCGCGGCGGGGUUCGUCCACGCGCUCCCCGCCGCGUCCGCGUCGAUCGCGGCCGCGGCGCCGCGCGGCGGGAUCUGGUCCGAGUUCCCCCUCGCGAAGUUCGCGGCGAUGGUCGCGGCGCUCGGGACGCUCGCGAUCGACCUCGCGGGGACGAGGCGCCACGACGAGGGGAGGGAGGAGAAGGGGAACCAAACGGAGGCGGUGAGAUUGGUGAUCGGGUCACCGGGUCCCGGUGAGCGUAGCGGGGUGAUCCGCAUCGUCGGGGUCCACGCGGGCGCCGCGGCGCACGGGGACGAGGAGGACGCGUCGCACCCGCGCCACGACGUCGCUUCGGAUCAUAUACCGGGGCUCGGGAUCGCGUCGCGCUCGGUGAUAAUCGGGUUGUCGCUGGGGGCGUCGCAGAGCCCGUGCGUGAUCGGGCCGUUGAUUAUUGCCUCGACAUUUCACCAGUUUUUCGAAGGGUUUGCUCUUGGCGAUUGCAUCUCUCAGGCUUUGUUUGAUAGACUCAAAGAGGUGCUCAUGGCCUUCUCAUUUACCGUCACAACCCCGGCCGCGAUUGGUAUUGGGCUCGUGGUUGCAUCAACCUACAAUCCCGACGGCCUGACAGCCCGCAUCGUUGAGGGAAUUUUGAAUUCGAUCACCGCAGGCAUCUUGAUCUACUUUGCUUUGAUCAAUCUUAUUGUUGCCGACUUCCUCGGCAACCAGCGGAGAACGACCGACGAUGGCAACCGCCAUCUGAUUUGGUGCUACAUCUCCCUCUUCUUGGGUGCUGCGCUUGUGUCCCUGACGGCUUUAUGGGACUGAUUGGGCCCAUACAGGAAGACUUCUUAUCACAGGUUUUUCUAAUACAGGCCAUUACAUUUCACUCGUUUCCCAUUAUUAUUUGUUUCACAACUUGUAAAUUGUUGUGUGUGAUUGUUUGGUUUAAAUUUGGAAGAUUGCAUGAUAUUUGUUGUAACAUCAAUACUUUCUUAGUUCACUUUGUUCGAUUAAGGAAGAAAAUGGCUUUUUUUAAUACUAUGGAAUAACAGGAAGUAGUUUUCUA